AUGGAAAGUAAUAAUUUAUCAGAAAAAAUAACAGAUGAAGAAGAACAAAACACACAAAAUGAAAAUAAUGAAAAUAAUGAAAUUAAUGAAAUAGAUGAAAAAUGUAAUUUAAAAAUGGAUGAACCAGUAGAAACACAAAAAAGUGAAAACAAUGAAGAAAUAAUAAAUGAAGAUAGUGAGCCUAAAAAAAAUAAAAUGGAUAUUAAAAAUAAUGAAAAUGGUGAGGUAUCAAAAGGAUUUCUAUCACCACCAGCUUUUCAUUUAACUGAAAUCAUGCAUAAUGGGAACUGCUUUAAGAAAACACAAGGGCAUGUAGCAGUAGAAUUAAAUGGUGAUAUAUGUAUAUAUGGUGGAAUAGUUGAAAAUAAAUGCACAAACAAUUUUAUAAGAUAUGUACCUGGUAUUAACUUGUUUGAAAAAGUGCGUUUAAAUUCAAAUGAUAUACAACCUAGAGCAUUUUGCUCAGGAAAUGUUAUAAAUGAAGAUAAUAAAAAAAGUAUCAUUUUGUUUGGUGGUAUAAAUGAAAAAAAUGAAAUUAUUAACGAGACAUGUAAAUUUGAUUUUCAAACAAAAAAAUGGCUUAUAAUUCAUAAUAAAGUUAAUCCAUGCCCAAGAUAUAAACAUGCUUCUUUUAGUUUUGAAAAUUCUAUAUAUAUUCAUGGAGGUUUAGAUAAAAAUGAUCAUGUAUUAUCAGAUUUAUGGUGUUUUUCUGAAAAUAUGUGGAAAGAAGUUAAGCAAAUACGAGUAACACCAGAAGCAAGGCAUGGACACAGUUUAGUUUUUUCUUUAUAUGGAAACGCAAGAUUAGCUUUUUUAUUUGGUGGUAAUAAAAAAGGUUUCAAUGGAGCAUUAUCAGAUACAUGGAUUUUUAAUAUAAACACUAACAGAUGGAAAGAGAUUUCAAAAUCUUCAGGAUGUAAACCAUGUGCACGAUGGGGUCAUUCUGCACAAUUAUUUGAUAAUGAAUGGAUGAUAAUUUAUGGGGGUAUUACAAAUGGAUGGAUUGAUAACUAUGCUUUGUCAGACAUGUAUGCGUUGAAUAUAUAUACAUUUUCAUGGUUUGAAAUUGAUAUAAGCACAUCAAAGAGUUUUAAUAGAGGAUACUAUGGUUCUCUGUGUUUUCUACCUUAUAAAAAAUCUUUACACAUUUUUGGUGGAACUGAUAAUUCGCAAGAAUAUUCUGAUGCUUUUAGUAUGUCACCUCUUGUAACAUAUGUAUCAUACAAAACAUUGACAGGAAAAAUUGAACAGCUAAAUGAUAAAAUGAGAAAUUUAAGUUCUAAUUCUAAUGAUAGUGAAAAUAUAGAUUUAUCAGAAUUUGACAUGAAAAUUAGCGAAUUAAAAGAAGAAGUUAAUAAUAUAAAUGAAAUGAUGAAAACUUUUGAGACUAAGUUUUAUGAACUUGAAAAAUUAAACGAACAAUGUGAAAAAAUACUUUCUAAGGAUAUUGGCUCAGAAGCUAUGGAAAAAUUAGAGGAGCGCAUAAGAAAAUUAGAGUUAUCUAAUAACUCAAUUGAUAAAGAUAAUUAG